AUGGGCUCUGAAAUGGACACUUUCGCCGCUCGCCUGGCCAGCUUCGAUCUAGUGCUGAAGCCUGAGAAACGCAGAUCUUCCGGCGCAAAAACACCAAAAGCGAUUACAUGGCCGCACCAGCGACCUUCGCCAGCUGAGUUGGCGCACGCCGGAUUCUUCUACAAGCCAUACGAGACAAAUCCCGACAACACAACAUGUUUCGAAUGCCACAGGGCGCUGGAUGGCUGGGAGGAGGAAGACAACCCCAUCACCGAACAUCUCAAGCAUGCGCCCGACUGUGGAUGGGCUAUUAUGAUGGACAUUCAACAAAACAGCUCAAACCCCUCUUCUAUCGAAGACCCCACAAACGAGCGUAUCACACAAGCACGAGCGUCGACAUUCGGGUCAGCCUGGCCCCAUGAUGGGAAGCGAGGAUGGGUAUGCCAGUCAGAGAAGAUGGUUGAGGGUGGAUGGUAUUUCUGCCCGACGGAAGAGAGCAACGAUUUGGCCAGCUGCGCUUAUUGCAAACUGUCUCUGGACGGAUGGGAACCCAAGGAUGAUCCUUUCGAGGAACAUUACCGCCGCUCUUCGGAUUGUUCAUUCUUCGUAUUUGCCCAGCCCCCAGGAAAAAAGGGCAAAGGGCGUGCUAAGAAACCUCGUGUCUCUAAGGCAUCUUCUCGACUUUCAACUCAAUCAGUUGGCACAGUUGCCUCCGAAACGCCCGAGGUGGACAUGGAUGACUCAAUGGACCAGAGUAUGAUGUCUCAAUCCACCACGAAAUCGAAACCUACAAAGAAGGCAUCUAAGGGAAAAGGCAAGGGAGCUAAAAGCAGGAAAGAAGAACCAGCGAAGGUCAAAAGCCACAGAGAGACCGAAAGUGCGGAGGUUGCCGAACCAGAGCCUGUCAAGGCCAAACGUACAGGCCGGCGAAAGAAGAGGGCCAGUGAGGAUAUCACUAAGGAAGAACCUGAGCCAAUUGCCUCGGAGGAACCAGAGCAGGCACAGCCGCCUGUAGAACCUCCUGCCAAGAGAAGGGCAACAAGAACGCGAAGCAGCAGUAUUUCUCGUAACUACAACUACGAACGCAGUGACUCAGCGAUGCCAGAUGCAGACACUGUGGAUGACGGCGCUUCAGAAGAAGAAACCAGGAGGGGCCGCAAGCCCACAAAGAAGGGAUCUUCCAAGGCCCGCAAGGUCUCUGAUGUCUCCGUUACAUCAAAAGCUCCGUCAAAGGCUCGUGCUCCUCGUGAUUCGGAGAUUGAAGCAGAAAUCGAAGCAGGCCUCGAUGCUGACAUCCCCGAACUUCUCGAGGCUCAACCUGAACCAGAGCCUGAGGCAGGGCCAGAGCCCGAGCAGCCACGUGCCUCAAAAAAGGCCAAAGCAACCAAAAAAUCCAAGGCCGUGGCCAGAUCCCCCGAACCCGUCCUGCAGGAGCAGAUGCACGAUGCUGUUGACGAGGAUCAUAUGGAACCUCAGGCUGAGCCAGUCCCCGAGGAGGUACCUGAGCCGCCAGCUCCCAAGACGAAGACAGCUAAAGGAUCCAAAAAGAAGGGGACAAAGAAGGCAAAGGCCGAAGAGACAAAAGCAGAGUCGCCAGAACCCCAAGGAGCUUUGGAGCCUAUGGUAGCUGAUGACAGAAAUGACCCGGGGCGCCACGAAUCUUUUAUCUCUGUGGAAAUUAUCAACAAGGAGCACGAACCUUCCCCCGAGCCUGAAGAACCUGUUGCUAAACCGAAGAAGAAAGGCUCCAAGAAGAAAGACGCAUCAACAGCUAAGGAGAAGAAAUCCAAGAAACUUGAGAAGAAGGCGGAGCCAACUCCGCCCCCCAAAUCACCGAUCUUGGAACGACAUGAUGUCGAGCCAUCAGUUGACGAACAAGAUGAUGGAUUUGAGACAGCGGAUGAUUUGCCUGAUCAGCUUGAGGUAGUCCAACCCCCUCAAGAGUUUUCUCCACAGCAGCAACGAUGGCAUCGAACAACACCCAACUUGCCACCAAAAACCGCGAAAAGAUAUAGUGAUAUUCCCCAGGAAGAGCAUCUCGCGGAAAGCAUCGCCCAUUCUUCCCCUCAUGAUACACUGCGCUACUCUCGGCAAUCUAACCGGGCAGUCUCUCCACUUCCAUCGGCUCACCGGAGCACGCCCUCGAUGUCUCCGCAGUCAUCAGAUGCGGAGAACAGGCCUCCAUCGUCACGACCUUCGGCAUCUCGUGUACACGAUCAAUCAACACCCAAGGAGCCCAAGUUCCGAGCCGCUCUCACAGCCAGUACCCCAUCGCCAUCUAAGCGUAAUGCCAAUGCUGGAUUUGGGCCUUCAGGUCAUCCGUGGACCCCAAUCGACAUCGAUGAAGCCCUCUUCGGAGACAACAGCGACAAGGAGAAUGCCGACCUGGCUAGCCUUUUCAAGGGUGUCAAGGGCGGACUGACCAGCCCGGAGAAGAAGAUGACGGUCCAAGAAUGGAUCGCAUGGAAUGCAAAGAACGGUGAAGAACGCCUGAAAAGAGAAUGCGAACGACUUGUCGGUCAAUUUGAGAAGGAAGGCGGCCGAGCAAUGCAACGGAUAGAAGCGAUUGAGUGCGUCGACUAA